AUGACGGUUCUCCCACCGACACUCCCGAUGAAGCAGAAAGCUGCUAUCUACAACUCGCCUGGAUCAGUGUCUAUCGAUAUUGUGGAAACUGAUAUUCCCGAGCCGGGCCCAGACGAGGUUCUGAUAAACUUAACCCAUUCUGGCGUCUGUCACUCCGACCUCGAUAUUAUGACAAACAGUUGGGCGGGCCUUCCACCGACCCCACAAGGACAAAUUGGUGGCCACGAAGGAGUUGGUCGUGUGGUGAAGCUGGGCUCAGGAACAGGAAGCUCUGGCAUAAAGAUCGGGGAUAGAGUUGGUGUAAAAUGGGUCGCAAGCGCUUGUGGAAACUGCGAACCGUGUCAAAAGCAAUCGGACAGCCUUUGCUUUAACCAGAAAGUGUCCGGAUAUUACACUCCUGGUACUUUCCAACAAUAUGUCCUGGGUCCUGCAAAUUACGUGACCAGGAUCCCAGACGAAGUAGAAUCUGCUCAGGUCGCACCUCUACUCUGUGCAGGACUUACUGCCUAUUCUGCUCUUAAGCGCAGCAUGACCGCACCUGUUCAGAUUGCCAGUAAGGGGAUGGGGUUCCGUGUCAUCGGCAUUGACCAAGGGCAAAAAGCCGAAUUGGUCAAGAACUCAGGUGCUGAACAUUUUGUGGAUAUUUCCCAAUUCCCCACAGACGAUAACGGUGUAGCGAUUUCAAACCUCGUGAAAUCUCUAACUGGAGGACUUGGGCCUCACACUGUCAUUGUCUGUACCGCUGCCAAUAGUGCCUAUAGCCAAGGGGUUCAGUUUCUAAGAUUCGGCGGUACUCUGGUUUGCGUUGGGCUUCCAGCAGGUGAACAAAAGCCGAUUGCCAGCGCUUCUCCUGGGGGUUUGAUAGCGAAGCAAUUGAAAAUUAUGGGAUCGGCUGUUGGCAAUCGUGUUGACGCCGUUGAGGUAUUGGAUCUCGCUGCUCGGGGAGUCGUUCACGUCCAUAUACAGACAGUGCCAAUGGAGGGGCUUUCGCAAAUUUUCCAGGAUAUGAAGGCGGGAAGUUUGAUGGGGAGAGCAGUGAUUGACCUCUCUUGA